UAUUGAAACGUUGUGGUCUAUCUGACAAGAUCGAUUUACUGUAUUUACCAGAAAAAGGUUCAACCGAUUUACGAUGCAUGUUUGUUUAUACGAAUGCGAUAAUUUUUCAUCAUAACAAACAAAUUUUAACUCAAUUUGCGGUACAACUUUCCAAAAAAACCAAAAUUCAGCUUGAACAAUGUGAAUUUGCCUUUUUAGUAUCUGAUGAUGAAUUGGAAGAUUAUGCAAUCGAAUUAGCAUACUAUUGUUCGGUCGAUACCAUGAGAUUACAUGAGCUUAAUAUCAAAAGAAAUAUUAUCA